GGCGAACAGACUGCGCGCGCAGUCGCAGCAAUCAGGGUUUGUUGUUGUUUUUUUCUGGCAGGAGACCUGCUUAACCUGUAAACUGAAUCCCGGGAAGAGACACUCCUCAUUAGAGCUGUUUCAACCUGUGGAAAGAGGAUACACGGGGGCUGCACUGCAGUUUGCCACAGACAAAGGAGAUCCUGCCCGUGUGAACCUCACACUAAAUCCAGGUUAAAUUAUUAGCCUGUGAAUAUUUCGGACGAAUUAUGGAUGUAUAUGGGUGACAGCGACUCACAGAAUUGCAGUUUUAUCAAUCCAACCUACGGCUGCCUUCACUUUCUUUGACAAGAUAGUUCAUAGUCUACUGGACUUGUACGCCAGCGUCUUUCAACAAUGAGGUACGUUCAGAAGAUCAGUGUUUGGAAAUGUGUGCUUUACUUUCAUAUCACGCUCUGUGUUCUCUACUUCACGCCACCAUCUGUAAGACUUUUAAUAGGCAUCCUUCCUAUGGACAAAUGCUCUUUGGAAAGUGGAAAGAUGCUGUCUCUGGACAACAGUGUGGAUGCCAGCCUUGACCUUAGAUCCAGAAGUGACGUGCAAACAUGUACAUCCUGGAAAGCUCCAAUCAUCUGGGAUGGAAUGUUUAAUCCUGAUCUUUACGAUCAGAUGCACAAGAGGGAAGGAUCCUCUGUGGCUCUGACAGUGUUUGCUGUGGGCAGGUACCUGGAUGCUUACCUCAAGACCUUCCUGAACUCAUCAGAGCGUCACUUUAUGUUGGGUUUGCCCGUCAAGUAUUAUGUGUUUACGGACAUGCCAGAGAAGGUGCCAGACAUCAAGCUUGCUCCACAGCGAAGCAUAAAGGUCGUCAAAGUGGAGAGGCACUCCAGGUGGCAGGACAUCUCUAUGAUGCGAAUGAAGAAGAUAUCAGAUGUCAUAGAGUUGGAUAUUCGCCACCACUGCACGCACGUCUUCUGCUUUGAUGUGGAUCAGGUGUUUACUGGGAGAUUUGGCUCAGAGGCUCUGGGAGAAUCUGUGGCUCUGCUCCACGCUUACUACUACCACUUUCCACAGAUGUUGUUUACCUACGACCGCAACCCGAAGUCUAAGGCAUACAUGGAAACCGGGGAUUUCUACUACCACGCUGCUGUCUUUGGAGGCUCGUGGAAGAGUGUAAAAGCAUUGACUGAGGCCUGCUAUCAGAGCAUCAUGGAGGAUAAAUUGAAUGAUGUGGAGGCUCGGUGGCACGAUGAGAGUCAUCUCAACAAGUACCUGUGGCUUCACAAACCAAGCAGGGUGCUCUCUCCAGAGUACUGCUGGGACACCAGUAUCGGCUACAGGAGUGACAUACAGGUCACCCGACUACUGUGGGCACCAAAACAUUAUGAUACACUGCGCACCCCUUAGUGUGUUUUGGAAUUAAAGUGCAUAUUAUGAGACUCAUAAAUUAAUCUUCAAUUCAGUGCCUUUUGUGAGAGAGAGAGAGUGAGUGACCAAUAGUAACUGUAGUAGCAGUAGUCGAGCAGGAAACACAAUAAGAGAAUUAAAUGUGGACUCAAACAUCAGAUCUCUGUCAUCUAAAGCUGUACUAGUGAACGAUUUAAUAUCAGAUUAUCAUAUUGACUUAUUUUGUCUUACUGAAACCUGGCUGGGUCAUGAAGAAUAUGUUAGCCUACAUGAAUCCACUCAUUAUCAUUCAUAUUAAUACUCACAUUCCUCAAGGCACCAGCCGAGUAAGUGGAGUUACAGCAAUCUUCGACUGGACUUAAGUCUAUUAAUCAACCCUAAACUAAAUUAUAACUCAUUCAAAAGCCUUGUUCUUAAUCUUUCACACCCAACCCGGAAAACGCGACAGAUAAAGUAAUUCUUGUAGGUGAUUUUAAUAUUCAUGUGGAUGUUGAAAAUGAUAGCUAGGUACUGCGUUUAUCUCAUUAUUAGAUUCAAUUGGCUUCUGUCUUCUGUCUAUAGUCUUUACACAGAAUCCUUCAUUAUCAGAUCAUUAUUUAAUAACUUUUUAACUCCUAUUACUGGACUACAUGCCAUUAGGCAAAAACUCCUAUACUAGAUAUCUGAUAGUGCUGUAGCUAAAUUUUAAGGAAGCGAAUCCAUCUGCAUUUAAUUUGGGGCUAUGUCUCAAUAUAACAGAGGACUCCUAUGCUAAUUUCAGCCCCUCCCAUAUUGACCAUCUUGUUGAUAGUGCUGCAGGCUUACUGCUGACAGAAUCACAGCUCUGUUGAGUCAUGUAUUCCUAUAGACCUCAGUAGUAACGACUUCAUGAGCAUCUUUAAUAAUUAAAUUUUAAUUAGAAAAAAAAAAAAAAAA